AUGCCUGGAUGUAGGCAUCGCCUUCAGCUGCUCAUCGCCAGUAUUCGCGUCCGAGUUGACGCAAGACAUUACCAUGUCCGGGCUGACCGCAAUCUGUCCCCGGCCCAGUCGACCGAAAACAGACUCAAAGACGAGUACGCAGCCUUGAUCGACCCCAAAGAUCUCCGAGGUACAUUGGAAUCCAUCCGCGGUGCGAAUCGCGCAAAUGUGAUUCGGAAGAUCGGCGACACGACUGAAAGACUCUCACUGCCAGAGCUUGAAGGCAUUGCACUCGAGAAACCCUCAAAAGAUGCGCUCGCAAUCAGGCGAGUCGAGUCUCGACUUCAGCGGGCCGAGCGACAGGAGCAGCGUAGCAGAGAGCUGCGUGAUCCGAGGAAUCUGGACGAUGCUCUGAACCGCUUCCAACUCCAUGCCGAUCGUCGGCGGUCCCGUAAGGGGAUCCCGCCAAAUCUCUUGAAGAGUAUCAUGAGGAGGCAGAAGCAGCAGAUCGAAGGCCUCGCUCUGCUGGGCGUAAAAGGCGAAGCCUCACAGAAAAGCCUGGCAAAUGACAUGGGCAGCGAAAAGCGACCCGCGGGCAUGGCGCCACGACUGUUGCCCGAUUGGCGGCAUGACAGAUCGUUGCACAUCCAUCGCAGAGCGCCCUGGCUACGGAGUUUAGUCGACAGUGAUGGCGGCCCUAGAAAGGUCUCACAUGAAAGAUUACUGACCGAGAUACAAGCCUUUGAGGACUUCAUAACUCCUAGUGCAGCGGAAGAAAGUGCUGCUGAGCAAGCAUUCGCCGAUUUCCAACGCAUGCUGCAGCCACUCAGGCCCGAACUUGACGCUGAACUGAUCGGCUCCCGUGCUAGCGGACUGGCAUCUGCCCUGUCUGAUAUCGACAUCAACGUGCGGGUGAGAGGUCAGGAGAGAUAUGAUACGUAUGAGGAUCGCGAGGGAGCAUUGCAGCUUCUCAGCACAGUCUGGAAGAAUUUACACAACCAGGUCUACCGCAAGACAUUCUCCCCUAUGAACUACGUGUCACGCCCCAAAGUUCCUAUAUUGAAGCUAUGGCACACCAACACAGGACUGCGAAUGGAUGUACAGUCCUCAAACGGCGCUUUCAAUAGCCUAGUCUACAUCAAAAGCUAUCAGCGCGAGUUCCAACAGUCAAGCGGGUAUUUCUGGUAUUGA